AUGUGUCAACUACCACAGUCAAGUGUCACCUGCAAGAGAAGUGUAACCUCCCAUAGUGAAGCGUUACCUCCCACAGAGAAGUGUCCCCUCCCACAGAGAAGUGUCACCUCCCACAGAGAAGUAUCCCCUCCCACAGAUAAGUGUCCUGUCCCACAGAGAAUUGUCACCUCCCACAGAAAAGUGUCACCUCCCAUAGAAAAGUUUCACCUCCCACUGAGAAGUAUCCCCUCCCACAGAGAAAUGUCACCUCCCACAGAAAAGUAUCCCCCCACAGAGAAGUGUCACCUCCCACAGAGAAGUGUCACCUUCCACAGAGAAGUGUCACCUCCCAUAGAAAAGUUUCACCUCCCACAGAGAAGUAUCCCCUCCCACAGAGAAGUAUCCCCUCCCACAGAGAAGUAUCCCCUCCCACAGAUAAGUGUCCUGUCCCACAGAGAAUUGUCACCUUCCACAGAGAAGUGUCACCUCCCACAGAGAAGUGUCACCUCCCACAGAGAAGUAUCCCCUCCCACAGAGAAGUAUCCCCUCCUACAGAGAAGUGUCAUCUCCCACAGUGAAGUUUCACCUCCCACAGAGAAGUGUCACCUCCCACAGAGAAGUGUAAUAAAAUGCCACUGCAUUAAAACAGCCCUUUAUAACAUUUUAGAAAAGUUUCACCUUCCACUGAGAAGUAUCCCCUCCCACAGAGAAAUGUCACCUCCCACAGAAAAGUAUCCCCCCACAGAGAAGUGUCACCUCCCACAGAGAAGUGUCACCUCCCACAGAGAAGUGUCACCUCCCACAGAAAAGUGUCACCUCCCACAGAGAAGUGUCACCUCCCACAGAGAAGUGUCACCUCCCACAGAGAAGUGUAAUAAAAUGCCACUGCAUUAA